GGUAUUGGUGGGAGGGAUUGUGCAGUGGGAAGGGAUAGAGAACCGGUUAAGAAUGUGAGCCUGGUUCAGUUUCCUUUUUAGCUCCUAAGUGUGAUAUAGUGCCUUUUUUUUUCCCCCAGUUUUCCCUAGCCUUCCAAUUUUAGGCUAAAAUGAAACUAGUGUCGUCCUACUCCCUCUGUCUAGUAUGUCUUUAAUAUUCUUUCAUUUCUAUGUUCAAGAAACAGUUUUAGUUACUUUAUGCAGAACAUUGUAGGCAUCAAGGGAGAUACAAAAGUUAGAUAAGAGGCCUCACCCUUUUGGAGCUUGUUACAGUCUCAUAGAGAUUCAAAUACAAAUAACUAUGAUACAAAAUGAUACAAAAAAUACACAAAAGGGGACAAACAAGGUAUUUAUCAAGAUCUGUGGGACAUCAUCUUUACUAAUGGUAGAGAUCAAAGAUUUCAUGGAGGAAGCAGCAUUCAGGAGAAAAAGCUAAAGUUGCCAUUUAAAGAAGUUCAGAGCUGAAGGUGAAUAUGGCAGAAGAAGAGGACUAUAUGUCUGAUUCCUUCAUUAAUGUGAAAGAAGACAUCAGACCUGGAUUGCCCAUGUUGAGGCGAAUCAGAGAAGCUCAUCAAAAAGAAGAAAAGCAUCGGGAAGCAAAUCUGAAAAAUAGACAAAAGAGUUUAAGAGAAGAAGAAGAAGAAAGACGUGAAAAUGUUUUGAAGAGUGCUUUGGGUAGUGAAAAUAAGGGAUUUGCUUUGCUUCAAAAGAUGGGGUAUAAAAGUGGCCAGGCCCUUGGCAAGACUGGCAGUGGCAUUGUUGAACCCAUUCCUCUGAACAUCAAAACAGGAAGAAGUGGCAUUGGUCAUGAAACAUUAAUAAAACGGAAAGCAGAGGAAGAACUUGAAAAUAACCGAAGAAAAAUUCAUUUGAGAAAUCAAAAUGAAGAAAAAGCCACAGAUCAGUUUCGAUUACGACUCAAAAGUAAAAAAGAAGAACUUAAGUUGGAAGGUGAUCUUAAAAGAAGUCAGAAAGCAUGUCAUCACUUAGACACACAGAAGGAUAUUCAAGUUCCCAAGGAGCCAUGGUACUGGUUCAUGUCAGAAGAAGAAGAACAGGAAGAUGAAAAAGAGAAAGAACAGGAAGAAGAUGAAUAUGGUAGUGAAGAAUUAAGUGUACUGGAAAAAUUACAAAUACUGACAAAAUAUUUAAGAGAAGAACACCUGUAUUGUAUUUGGUGUGGAACAACCUAUGAAGGUAAGAAUCUUUAUACUUUACUGAGUUUACAUGAGUUUCUCAUUUCAACCAUUGAUUGGUGA